AUGACUGCUGCAGCAUACACUAUUAAAAAUAAGCUGGAUGAGAUGGGCAUAGAGUUAGCUACCAAUAAGACUGAAAUAGUCAUUUUGGCGGGAAGACAGAAGAUGAAGGAGGUAGAAUUUAGCUGGUGCAAUACCAACAUUAAAAGCACAAGUGCGGUAAAAUACAUGGGAGUUUGGCUAGAUAAAGACGCUCGGAUGACCAUCCAUAUUCGAAAAUUUCAGGAAAAAACAGAGGCAAUCAUAAAGCAGUUAUCCAGAGUUAUGCCCAAUCUGAAGGGACCGGUGGCAGAAAAGAGGAGGACAUUGGCCUCGGUGGUGUCUUCCACGAUUCUAACAUCUCCAACUAAGGCCAUCCUGGUCCUAGCCGGUAUCCCACCGAUAAAGCUCCAAACAGAACAAAGAAGUCUAGUGUAUAAACAUGGAGACCAAUUCAGAUUUGAGGCCAGAAAUAUUAUACUGGACAAAUGGCAGGAUGCGUGGUCGCAAUAUCAAGGAUGGGCUAAAACGUUUAUUUUAGAUGUCAGGGUCUGGGUAAACUGCAAGGCAAUUAAUAUAGACAAUUUUGUGACACAAGCCAUUACCGGACACGGGGUUUUUGGCACCUACCCAAAAAGAAUCGGCAAAAGGGACAGCGACACUUGCACUUACUGUAAUACUGUGGACAGCCCGGGUCAUACAAUAUUUCUCUGCCCUAGGUGGCAAACGAUACGGGAAGAAACAGAAGAAAUAUGCCAAAGGAAGCUGGAGGAAAACACAGUUGGUAUCACCAUUAGUGAGGAUGAAGAAAAGUGCCGAGCCAUUAUAUCAAUGCUGCAUACCAUAAUGAAACAUAAAGUAGACGAUGAGAUUAAAGCCAAAAAUUCGUGA